AUGUUUGCAACGCCACGGAAUCUACGCUGCAGUCUCUGCUGGGUCUGCCUCUGCCUCUGGCUGUCUGCUGUACUAGCGCAGGAGCGGAACACCACAGCGGACACCGCCACAGCCACCUCCUGGACACCGCUGAAGCCGCCACAGAAGCGGCAGGCGUCAAGCGGCGCAGCAGGAGCCGCAGCAGCCAAGAGCUACGAUCCACCGCCGGAGUUCUAUCGGGGGCCGGGCUCUGUGCAGAAACUGGACAGCACAGCAGCUGGAUUUAUAUCCCAGCCGAUUGGUGCGCUGCCACCCGUGGGUGGAGCAGGAGCAGCAGCCACAGAGAGUCUCAGCGAGGCGUACGACAAGUGGCGCAAUGGAGGCGGAUCCCGUCCGCUGCAGGAUCGCAUCAGCGUGGGUCACUAUGGCAGCAGCGGCAGCGGUUCUCCAGGCAAAAGCUUUGGCUAUGAAGGACAUCCCUAUGCCUAUGACUACGGACCAGGACAUGGCUAUGAGCAGGGAGUAGCACCAGGACAUGGCUAUGAGCAGGGACCCGGCCAUGGCUACGAUCAGGGACCACUGGCUGGGCAUGGCUACGGCGCCAGUGUCGAGGCAGGUGCCGGGCCGCCGUACCACGUCUAUCGACAGCGACCCGAACCCGGCCACUAUGCGGGUCCCGGCGUGGAGUACACCUACAGCUCGUAUCCCCUCGACUCGCACGAGAUUGUCGCGCACAAGGGGUCGCCCGAGAUCUCCCCCAAAGCGCUGCUGGCCAAGAGUUUCCUCAUUCCGUUGGCCAGUGCCACGGUCCUGGGCAUUGCCGCUGCUUUUAUUAACAAUCCGCUGCUGCUGCAACUCGCACCGGUGCCGGGACUGGGCGUUGGAGUGGGUGUUGGCCCGCCCGUUGUGGGCAAGCGAAAGCGACGAAGGCGCGAGAUUCGAAAUGCUUUAAAGAGCGGAAAUAAAUAAUCUCACUCAGUGUUAAGUACA